UUGUUAUAAUUGUUAAUUAUUAAUUGAUCAUUAAAGACAUCAAAGAAAAAUUGUCUUUGAACCAUGCGUUCUUUGCAAGGCAAACUGUAAGUGUUGUGGGUGUGAAAAAGACAUUCAAAAACGUGUGAAUGAAUAAUUGUCUUUAAUUUGUUAAUGUUAUUUACAGUUGAUUAAAGAAGAUUUGAGUAAUAUAAACAACUGUGAUAAGGUUGUGAGGCCACUGCAACAUGCCAUCACCUGCGAUGUAUGUGACCGUUGGCAGCAUCGAGUCUGCGAUACAGGUGUUGCAGAAACUGAUAGAAAUAAUGGAAGAGGCGCCGAAAGUCGAAGGUUUUGUGAUGGAUUUUGAAGCAGGUCUAUGGCAGGCCCUCCGCUCCGUUUUCCCGGGUACCCAGCUGAAGGGAUGCGCAUUUCAUUGGUGCCAGGCUGUUCUGCGCCACGUCCAGCACCUGGGGCUAAAGGCAACUUAUGAGCGGAGAGAGGGAGCCCACCAGCUCAUCAGGAAGCUGUUAGCCCUUCCAUUUCUUCCGGGACAACACAUAGAGCGCGCCUUCAUUAAGCUUAAAGACCGGGCAGAGGGGAGUUCGGACCAGAUGAAGGAACUCUUCACGUACGUUGAAGAUCAGUGGAUGGAGAGCUCCCUCUGGAGCACCACUGAGUGGUCUGUGUACCGACAGACGAUACGAACAAACAAUGACACCGAAGGAUGGCAUCGCCGGUUGAACUUUUCUGCCGGUCGGUCAACCCUGCAGUUUUACGUUUUGCUGAGUUUGCUGCUGAGGGAAUCCAAAAUGGUGAAUGUAACACAUCAACUGGUGUCGGAGGCAGCCCUUGGCCGUCAGCGUCGAGAGCGCUACAGAGACAUCGACGCCAGGAUCAUGGAUGAGUGGGACUCAUACGAUUCCCAUGAGGUCACCUGCGAAGAGUUCCUCAAAAAUGUUGGUGCCAUCUACGGCGGCCGAUAG